AUGCCGAUCUAUUCCUCAAUCGGGAUCACUGCCUCUGUUGGGCGAAGUGGCCAGAACCGCGCGCAGGACGUUGUCGCUGUCCAGCAACGGCUCAACGACCUCAUGCACUCACCGCGCAUUCCGCUCGUGGUCGACGGGCAGUCCGGUCCGAAGACCCGAGGGAUGAUCAAGGACUUUCAGAAAUCCGUGCUCGGCUUUCGCUGGCCCGAUGCCCGUGUCGACCCUGCGGCAAAAACGAUCAUCGCGCUGAACGAUCCAUCUUCGGAAGGUAUAUGGGCGCAGAUGUCCAUCCCCGAGUUUCCGCCCGAUCCAGGCCCCCAGCCCGAGGAAGACGACGAAAAGGGCAAGGGCGGAGCCAUCACCAAGCAAGACGUCAUUGACAGCACGAUCGACAAGAUCAAGGCAACACAGAGUAUUACUUCCCAGGAAGAAACCUACUACCGGCAGAUCCUGGAAGACAUCUGGAAAGCCAACAAGGGCGCCUAUACGGAUGGUGGCGCCGGCCUGACGGUCGAACAGCGCGAGAAGCUGAUCACAAUCGGACUGAAUGGCUUCAAGAUCGUGAAAAUGUCGCUCACAUUCGCGGCUGCCGGCUCUGCGGCCGCCACCGUAUUCGGUUACAUGAGUAUGCUGGCACCUUUCCUGAUGGUCUAUGGAUUCUAUCGUGCACUUGGCCACGCCAUGGAUUCCGGCGCACGGGUCUACGGCGGUAUCAGCAUGGCCUACUACACGACCUAUUGGGUCUUCGGCGGCAUGAAGCCGGUGAGCUGUCCGACAUUCGUCAAGCGCAACGAAGAAGCUCCCGAACAAUGGCGGACGGACCCCGACAAGCUGGAAACCCACUGGCGCAAGGGGCAGAAGGAUGCCAGGCGCGGCCUGGAGGAAUAUUGCAAGAGCGUCGCCGCCAAGACCGGUACAACACAGGCAGAAGCGGAGGCUGUCUUCAAGGCUGCGCUACGCAUCGGCAAACCAUCCAUGCUUGCCCGCGCCCUACUAACGGAUAUCUCCAAGAAGGCGCGUGCCGAGGGCGACCACAACGUUGCCAAUGUACUGAAGCUGUUUGCCGACGAACUGAUCUAUCCGAAGUGA